GGGGGGAUGGGGGAAGGGAGGGGGAGCCAAAAUGGCGGCCGCAGAGGAGGAGGUGCUGAGGCGGAGGCGGGUUCCUGGAAACAUGAUUGCUCACCAGUCUUGAUCUCGCAGCUCAGCAAAGACUCCUCCUCCAAUAAUGUCAAGCUCAGGCUACCCUCCUAACCAAGGAGCGUUUAGCACAGAACAGAACCGUUACCCGGCACACUCAGUCCAGUACACAUUCCCUGGCAGCCGACACCAACAGGAGUUUGCUGUACCUGAUUUUCGUACUUCUCACUUGGAAGCAACCCAGCUUCUGCAGCAGCAACAACAGCAACUCCGGCGAAGGCCUUCCCUGCUUUCUGAAUUUCACCCUGGUUCAGACAGGCCCCAGGAAAGGAGGUCGGGCUAUGAGUCACAGUUUCAUCCUGGCCCGUCACAAGCUGAUCAUGACUCUUUGGAGUCGAAAAGGCCACGUCUGGACCAAGUUUCCGAUGGCCCCUUCCAGCGGGUCAGUGCUUCCACAGUCCUGCCCUUGGUCCACCCAUUGCAAGAGGGGUUACGUUCAGCAGACCUAAAGAAGGAUUCAGCUUUUGGAGGCAAGCAUGAUGGGCCACCAUCGCCGAUGUCGAGCCAGCCGUGCGGAGAAGACCAGAAUGCUUCUCCCUCCAAGCUGUCGAAGGAAGAGCUGAUCCAGAGCAUGGAUCGGGUGGACAGGGAGAUUGCCAAAGUGGAACAGCAGAUCCUCAAGCUGAAGAAGAAGCAACAACAACUCGAAGAAGAAGCGGCUAAACCCCCAGAGCCAGAGAAGCCCGUCUCCCCUCCUCCUGUGGAACAGAAACAUCGCAGCAUUGUCCAGAUUAUUUAUGACGAGAAUCGGAAGAAAGCUGAGGAAGCUCAUCGGAUCUUUGAAGGCCUGGGUCCCAAAGUUGAAUUGCCACUUUAUAAUCAGCCGUCAGACACGAAGGUCUACCAUGAAAACAUCAAAACAAACCAAGUCAUGAGAAAAAAGCUGAUUUUGUUUUUUAAGAGAAGAAAUCAUGCCAGGAAACAAAGGGAGCAGAAGAUUUGCCAACGUUAUGACCAGCUGAUGGAAGCAUGGGAGAAAAAAGUCGAUAGGAUAGAAAACAACCCCCGCAGGAAGGCCAAGGAGAGCAAGACGCGUGAAUAUUAUGAGAAACAGUUCCCCGAAAUUCGGAAGCAACGAGAGCAGCAGGAGCGGUUUCAAAGGGUUGGUCAAAGAGGGGCUGGCCUUUCGGCAACCAUAGCUCGAAGUGAGCACGAAAUCUCUGAAAUAAUUGAUGGACUUUCAGAGCAGGAGAAUAACGAGAAACAAAUGCGCCAGCUUUCCGUCAUUCCUCCCAUGAUGUUUGACGCGGAACAGAGGCGCGUGAAGUUUAUUAACAUGAACGGACUGAUGGAGGACCCCAUGAAAGUGUACAAGGACCGGCAGUUCAUGAACGUCUGGACCGACCACGAAAAGGAGAUCUUCAAAGAAAAAUUUGUCCAGCACCCUAAGAACUUUGGCCUAAUUGCUUCCUACCUAGAACGAAAGAAUGUUCCGGACUGUGUUUUAUAUUACUACUUGACCAAGAAAAAUGAAAACUACAAAGCUUUGGUGCGAAGGAACUAUGGCAAACGGCGAGGGAGAAACCAGCAACAGAUUGCACGUCCUUCCCAAGAGGAAAAAGUUGAAGAAAAAAUAGAGGAGGAGAAGGCUGAAAAAGCUGAGAAAAAGGAGGAGGAAAAGAGAGAUGAAGACGAAAAAGAUGAAAAAGAAGAAUCCAAGGAGAAUAUCAAAGAGAAGGACAAGAUCGAAGCUGCCCCCGAAGAGCCUGAGGAAAGAGAGCAGGCUGCUCCGAGGGGACGGAAGACCGCCAACAGCCAAGGCCGGCGGAAAGGCCGGAUCACCAGAUCAAUGACAAAUGAAGCUGCGGCAGCAAAUGCUGCAGCCGCCGCCGCUACCGAAGAGCCACCGCCUUCGUUGCCUCCCCCUCCAGAACCUUCUUUGGCAGAGCCGGUGGAAACCUCCCGCUGGACGGAAGAAGAGAUGGAAAUUGCGAAAAAAGGGUUAGUGGAACAUGGACGAAACUGGGCAGCAAUAGCCAAAAUGGUGGCAACAAAGAGUGAGGCCCAGUGUAAGAAUUUCUAUUUCAACUAUAAAAGGAGGCACAACCUCGACAGUCUUCUUCAGCAGUACAAGCAGAAAUCUUCUCGAAGGCCUCGCGAGGAGCGCGAAGUGUCGCAGUGCGAAAGCGUGGCCUCCACCGUCUCCGCUCAAGAGGACGAGGACAUUGAGGCGUCCAACGAAGAAGAGAACCCAGAAGACAGCGAAGGUGCUGAAAAUAGUUCGGAUACUGAAAGUGCUCCCUCUCCUUCCCCGGUGGAAGCUGCCAAGCCCUCGGAAGAUGCCUUGUCCGAGAUCGGCUCUUCGAGGAUAACCACUGAGGCCGCAGUUGAGCAGGAGUCAGCCAUUAAAGCUGCCCCGGCAGCAUCCCCUCCCUUGCCAGCUCAGAGCGUCAAGCCGGCCGAAAACGAGAACGCCGAAUUCCAGGUGAAAGAAGAAGAGGCAACCGAGGGGGAGGACUCUAUGGAGGUGGAGAAUCGGAGCCCGCCGGUCGAUGCUAAGCCCGUGCUCAACCUUGCUGUCCAUCCCAAAGUGGAGCCCAUCGAGGCUGAAGCCCGACUCCCGGAAGACGUCCAAGUAAAAAUGGAGACUGAUGCCAAAGAAAGGGAAGGGUGCAAGCCCAAGGAGAAGCUCGAGCCGGAGGACAUGGACUUCGGUCCCACCCAGCAGACCAGUGCCCAGAGGAUGGAACCCAACUCGGACAAUGAUUCGAGCGCCACCUGCAGUGCCGACGAGGAAGUGGAUGGAGAACCCGAUAGGCAGAGACUCUACACAAUGGACUCAAAGCCUUCCCUGCUGAACCCUACGGGGCCUCUGCUAGUGUCCUCCACCAUUAAGCAAGGGCAGAUGGACCUGCAGCAGCUUCAGCAUCGGGCCGCCAUAAUUCCACCCAUGGUGUCUUCUACGUUGCAAGGGCUACCGCAGGGGAUCCCGAUGAGCGGCUACACUCUCUUGCAGCAGCACAUUAAAGCCAUGCACAAGUCCACCAUGCUGGAGGAUCAGCAGCGCCAGAGGCAAGACCAAAUGGAGGUGGACUGCCGUAGGUCUGCCAGUCCCUGUGGCACGUCCAAAAGUCCAAACCUUGAGUGGGAUGGGAAACCAGUUGCCUACAUGCCUUACGCUGAAGUGAAGCGUGCCAUGGAACAAGAAGCACAGAUGCAGAAUGCGGUGGUAAGAUCUGCCUCACCCUACCGCCUGUCUCCAAGGGAGGUCAGCAAGGCCUCUCCGCAGCCAGACAUGAAUGCAGCUCGCUACAGUGUUCCACCAGUUCUCCAACCAGCUCCUCAUCAAGUAAUAACCAGCUUACCUGAAGGUGUCCGACCCCCAACAACACGGCCCACCAGACCGCCGCCCCCACUGAUUCCAUCUUCCAAAACGGUGAUGCCAUCAGAGAAACCAUCUUUCAUUAUGGGAGGUUCCAUCUCACAAGGGACACCCGGAACUUACUUAACGUCCCACAGUCAGUCACCUUACAGCCAAGACCCACCAAAGCCUUCUGUGGGUUCCAUAUCGCUAGGCCUGCCGCGGCAACAGGAGUCUGCCAAAUCAGCUUCCAUGCCGUACAUCAAGCAAGAAGAAUUCUCUCCCAGGAGCCAGAACUCUCAGCCCGAGGGCCUGUUGGUCAGAGCCCAGCAUGAAGGUGUGGUUCGAGGUACGACAACCACCAUCCAAGAUGGCAGCAUAACACGCGGGACUCCAUCCAGCAAAGUUUCCGUAGAAACGAUGCCUUCCCUGCGAGGCUCCAUCACUCAGGGGACGCCAGCUCUGUCCCAGUCUGGGAUUGCAGCCGAUGUGUUGCUAAAAGGAACCAUUACUAGGCUUGCCACAGAGGACAGCAGCCCGGAGAAGUGCAGGGAGGAGGCAGCGGCAGCCAAAGGCCACGUCAUUUAUGAAGGCAAGAGCGGGCAUAUCAUAACCUACGACGCCAUCAAGAACGUCCGAGAGGGAACCCGUAGUCCAAGAACUGCUCACGAAAUGGGCCUGAAGAGGUCUUACGAUUCCAUGGAAGGAAAUAUCAAGCAAGGGAUGUCAAUGAGAGAAUCUCCUGUCUCUGCACCUCUAGAAGGAUUAAUCUGCCGUGCUCUUCCCCGGGGAAGCCCUCACUCGGAACUGAAAGAGAGGACUGUGCUAUCUGGCUCCAUAAUGCAAGGUACUCCAAGAGCUACAGCUGAGAACUACGAAGAAGGCCUCAAGUACCCCAAGAUGAUUAAGAAGGAGUCUCCGCCAACACGGAGCUUCGAAGGUGCCAUUACCAAGGGAAAGCCGUAUGAUGGGGUCACCACUAUUAAAGAAAUGGGGCGCUCUAUCCAUGAAAUCCCACGGCAGGACCUUCUAAGCCAGGAAAACCGCAAGACUCCGGAGAUAGUCCAGAGUGCUCGGCCUAUCAUCGAGGGUUCCAUUUCUCAGGGUACACCCAUAAAAUACGAAAGCAGCUCAGGCCAGUCCACCAUCAAACACAACGUUAAGUCUUUGAUCACUGGGCCCAGCAAGCUCCCCCGAGGCAUGCCGCAGCUGGAGAUGGUGUCCGACAAUGUGAAGGUCGUGGAACGAGGGAAGUAUGAGGAUGCCAAGUCUGGGGAGGUCCGUUCCCGCCACACCUCGGUGGUCAGCUCUGGGCCCUCGGUCCUCCGGUCGACUCUCCACGAAGCUCCCAAGUCGCAGGUGAGCCCUGGGAUCUACGAAGACGCCAAUGCGAGGAGGACCCCUGUGAACUACUCAAGCAUGUCCAGGAGUUCUCCGAUGAUGAACAGAGUCCCAGAAGCCGGCCUAUCUUCCGGGAAGACUGCAAACCAUGAGAGGAAAUCCACUCUUACGCCGACACAGAGGGAGAGCGUGUCGUCGAAAUCCCCAGUUCCAGGGGUGGAUCCUGUGGUCAGUCACAGCCCCUUCGAUCCCCACCACAGAGGUGCUACUCCCGAGGUCUACAGGAGCCAUCUCCCUUCGCACCUGGACCCUGCGAUGCAGUUCCACAGGGCUCUGGAUCCUGCUACUGCCUACAUGUUUCAGCGUCAGCUCUCUCCCACGCCUGGAUACCCUAGCCAGUAUCAACUGUAUGCGAUGGAGAACACCCGGCAGACCAUCUUAAGCGAUUACAUCACCUCCCAGCAGAUGCCGGUCAACCUGCGUCCUGACCUUGCCCGGGGACUCUCUCCCCGGGAGCAGACGCUGGCGCUUCCCUAUGCAGGAGCAAGAGGAAUAAUCGAUCUGAACAGCAUGGCUCCCACUAUCUUAGUACCUCACCCUGGAGGAACGAGCACUCCCCCGAUGGAGAGAAUCACAUACAUCCCUGGAACUCAGCUUGCAUUCCCAACCCGGCCCUACAACCCCCCCUCCAUGUCCCCAGGGCACCCUUCACAUCUGGCAGCAUCUGUGGUUGCAAAUGCUGAGAGAGAACGAGAGCGGGAGAGGGAGAAGGAACGGGAGCGGGAGAGAGAACGGGAGAGGGAGCGCGAGAGAGAACGGGAGAGGGAGAGAAUAGCAGCGGUUCCCUCCGAGCUUUACCUUCGUCCAGGCGCUGAGCAGCCAGGGAGACCUGGAAGCCACGGGUAUGUCCGCUCACCGUCCCCUUCGAUCAGGAGCCAAGAGAAUAUCUUGCAGCAAAGGCCCAGCAUUUUCCAGGGAUCCAAUGGAACGAGUGUGAUCACCCCUCUGGAUCCCGCUGCCCAGUUACGCAUCAUGCAGCUCCCUCCCGGCGCUCCCUCCAUAACCCAGGGGUUGCCUGCUUCACGCUUCAACACUGCUGCUGACGCCUUGGCUGCUCUGGUGGAUGCGGCUGCCUCUGCCCCUCAGAUGGAAGUGGCCAAGUCGAAAGAGAACAAGCACGACGGCAGCCGGAUCGAGGAGAACCCGGGCCGCCGGUCGGCAGUGGUGAGCGAGCAGCAGCAGAUGGAGCAGAAGGCGCUGGAGGCGGAGAAGAGGGGGCCUACGGGCCCGUACACGUCGUCGUCAUCCGGCUUUUCCAGCAGCAAGCCUCAGGGUCAGUCGUCUUCAGCCAUCUACUCAGAAGCUGGGAAGGACAAAGGCCCCCCCUCUAUAUCCAAGUACGAGGAGGAGCUGCGGACCCGUGGGAAGACCACCAUCACGGCCGCCAACUUCAUCGACGUGAUCAUCACGCGGCAGAUCGCCUCUGACAAGGAUGCUCGGGACCGUGGCUCCCAGAGCUCAGACUCUUCCAGCAGUCUCUCCUCUUCCCACCGAUAUGAACCACCCAGAGAUGCUAUCGAGGUGAUCAGCCCUGCAAACUCGCCAAUCCCUCCCCAGGAAAAGAUGCCAGUUUAUCAACAGGAGGCCCCCAAAAUGACUCAGGCAGAAAGAGACUGCAACCGACAGUACGAGGGGCCAGCUCACGCUUACAGGCAACAGCAAGAUUCGCCGUCACCGCAGCCACCCCCUUCCUCCCAAGCUGAAGGAAUGGGGCCCGUGCCGCGAACCCACCGCCUGAUCACUCUGGCUGAUCACAUCUGUCAAAUCAUUACACAGGAUUUUGCUCGAAGCCAGGCUUCCACACAGCCAUCUCUCCAUCCUCCCACUAGCACAUUCCAAACCUCUGCUCCCACUAACGUCACCACGUCGAACCGGGUGAAGACCUCUAACCGCUACAGCCCUGAAGUGCAGAUGCAGCCUGGCCCCCACCAGCGGCCCGGGGCCCGAGUGUCUCCAGAAAACCUCUCUGACAAAAACAGGGGAAGGCUCGGAAAGUCCCCCGAGAGAAGCCACCUUUCCUCAGAGCCUUACGAGCCAAUCUCACCGCCCCAGGCCCCAGCUGUGCACGAGAAGCAAGACGCACUCUUGUUGCUCUCCCAAAGAUCCGAGCCUUCGGAACAGAGGACGGACUCUCGUUCUCCAGGGAGUAUCAGCUACCUGCCUUCGUUUUUCACCAAGCUCGAGAGCACCUCGCCGAUGGUGAAGUCGAAGAAACAGGAGAUAUUUCGUAAGUUGAACUCCAGUGGUGGAGGCGACUCUGAGAUGGCCGCUGCUCAGCCGGGGACAGAAAUCUUUAACCUGCCAGCGGUCACUACCUCAGGUCCAGUCAGUGCUAGAGGUCAUUCCUUUGCAGAUCCCGCCAGCAACCUGGGCCUGGAGGAUAUCAUCCGCAAGGCGUUGAUGGGCAACUUUGAGGACAAAGGGGAGGACCAUAACAUCGUCCUGUCUCAGCCCAUGGGGUUGGCCUCUGGUGGCUCUAAUUCUGCACUGCCAACAAACAGCGAAACCCGGAGGGAAGAUAUUAACCCUUCCCCCAAUCCAGGAGGAGGAGUCAGCAAGCAGAAGCUGAUGGGCAAAUCCGGGAGCCGGAAGUCUAAGUCGCCAAUUCCCGGGCAGGGCUAUUUGGGAGCAGAGAGGCCUUCAUCUGUCUCGUCGGUGCAUUCAGAGGGAGACUAUCACAGGCAGACACCCGUGUGGUCGUGGGAAGACAGGCCCUCCUCGACAGGAUCUACCCAGUUCCCGUACAACCCUCUGACCAUGCGCAUGCUGAGCAGCACCCCUCCAACUUCGAUGGCCUGCGCCCCCCCAUCUGUCAGCCAGGCUACAUCCCACCAACCCAACCGAAUCUGGGAGCGGGAGCCAGCGCCCCUCUUGUCAGCGCAAUAUGAGACUCUUUCGGACAGCGACGACUGAC